ACAAGAUGAGAGCGAAUGUAGCAGACAUCAGACAAAUUUAAAAUUAUAAAUAAAUAGACAUUGAAGAAACAUCAGUUGGUACCAAAAACCGUUGAUAUUUUUUAAAUCUAGCAACCACAACCACGCCGGUUCACAAACUCAAGUUAUCAGGUGAUGAUGUCCAUUGUUCGUAAAUUAUUUAAUAACUCGUUUUAAUUUUUAUUGUUAAUUAAAAUAGUUUUUUUAUAUCCAGUGAACAUAAAUAAAAUAUUAAGUGACAAAAUUUUUAAUUAAUCAUCAAGCGGUUUCAUAAAUAAAUUAAGAAAAAUGAGUGAUGACACAGUACGUGUUGCUGUCCGGGUCAGACCAUUGAUACAAUCAGAAGUAGACCGUGGCUGUCAGAAUUGUCUAAAUGUUAUCUCGGCUAUAAAUCAAGUCAAUGUCCGGAAUGACAGAGCAUUCACAUACAACCACGUGUUCGGACCCGAGUCCAGUCAAGAUGAAUUUUAUGAGACUGCAGUCAAAGGCAUGAUUGAAAAACUGUUUAAAGGGUACAACGUCACCAUUUUGGCUUAUGGCCAAACAGGAAGUGGCAAGACGCAUUCAAUGGGUACCAGCUAUACUGCUGGACAGUCUAUGGGUGUCAUACCAAGAUCAGUCAAAGAUAUUUUUAAUUGCAUUGAUUCUAAUGAUGAAUACAACUAUCGUGUGACAGUCUCGUUCAUGGAAUUGUAUAAUGAGCAGCUCUACGACCUGCUCGCGGAUAAAAGUCGUCGCGAUUGUAUUGUUGACAUCAGGGAAGACGUCAAUAAGGAGAUAAAAAUCAUUGGAGUGACGGAGAAAGAAGUCAACACUGCUGAAGAAGCUCUUAAUUUGCUGACACACGGGUCCCAAGGUCGGGCUACUGGAUCUACGGCCAUGAACGAUCAAAGUAGUAGGAGUCAUGCCAUCUUUUCGAUGACAGUAUUCCAGGAACCUAAAGAUAAUCCUGCGAAUGCCACCACUGCUAAGUUUCAUUUAGUAGAUCUUGCUGGAUCUGAGCGAAGUAAAAAGACUCAGGCUACUGGUGAUCGGUUUAAGGAAGGAGUUAACAUCAACAAAGGUCUCCUAGCUCUAGGAAAUGUAAUCUCUCAAUUAGGAGACAGUGCUGCUAAUUCAUUUGUUGUAUACCGGGACAGCAAAUUAACGAGACUUCUUCAGGAUUCUCUGGGUGGAAAUUCGAUUACUUUGAUGAUCGCUUGUGUCAGUCCAGCUGAUUAUAAUUUAGAUGAGACUUUAAGUACUCUGAGAUACGCUGACCGAGCAAAGAAAAUUAAAAAUAAACCAGUUGUCAAUCAGGAUCCAACUGCAGCUAAAAUUAAUUUGCUUCAAGAAGAAGUAAUUAAUCUAAGACUGGCUUUGGCGGGUAAAGUGCCGCUUCAAGAAUGCCCUCCAGAGCACGCGGAUUUGCUGGAUAAAACCAAAGCACUGCAAAAAACAUUACGCGAGCUGAUGGAGAAGUUUAAUACUCAAAUGUUGGAGACCAUGUACAUGAAUGAACGAGCUGAGCUCGCUGAGAAUGCUAAGGAAAAAAUUUAUGACGGUAUGAUGAAAAUAUUAGAGGAACUGAACGAUAUUUUAAAAGACCAAUCGCUUGAUAAAAUUUAUCUUGAUACUUUGAUGGGUAUCAAGAUGAAAAUACAUGAACUACUUAAUGAACAAAAGAAAAUAAAUAGUGAAAUUCAUGAGCACGUAUCAUUGGAGCAUAUUCCUAGUACCAAGCCACAGGAUUCAACUGCUGAUACCAAUGGAGAACAGCACAGUUUCAAUGGCAGCAUUAAUUUGGAUGAAGAACAUGCGGAACAUACCUUCAGACAAGCUGAGAGGAACAACGAAGUACAGAACGUAAACCGGGAACUCGCUGUCAAGGAAGAAUUGAUUGCUCGGCUGCUCAAUAAUGCUUCGCAAAUCGCAGAGCAUACUAAAGAAGUCCAGGAAAUGGAGUUGGAGAUAAAAAAUCUGCAAGCGGAGAAAGACAAACUCAUGCAGACGCUGGAAAACGUCCAAGCCAACUCGGCAAGUGCUAAACUAGCGGAGGCUCGUCGGAAAAAAGUCCAGGAGCUGGAGAAGAAAAUCUCUGAGUUGACGCGCAAGUGUGCAGACCACAAUCGUGUUAUAAAGCAAAAAGAAAAAUCUGAUCAGCAGGUAAAGAAUCUCACCAAUGAAAUUCAGGCUCUCAAGCAAACGAGAGUUAAAUUAAUCAGGGAAAUGCGCAAAGAAGCUGAUAAAUUUUCUCAGUACAAACUGCAGCGUGAAAAGGAAAUUUACAAAUUGAAAGAUCAAGAUCGCAAAAGACAAAAUCAAAUGAAUCGAAUGGAGAAUCAGUACAGCAAGCAGCAGAAUGUCUAUAAGAGAAAAAUUCAAGAGUAUGCGGCAUUGAACAAGCGAUUAAAAGAUUCUUUAGAGCUGCAGUCCAAAGCUCAACAGCGCAGAGAAAAAAAUAAUAGCGCGAAAGAAGGAAUCGAGACGCUAAUCACCAGAGAAAUCAAGGAAAUUCGUAACAGAACCAACUGCGAGUGUUCUAUCGAAAAAUUUAUGGAAGAUCGCAAGAGUUAUACCAAGUUGCUGCAACAACUCAACAGUCAGUUAACAGAUGGGUCCAAGAGGGAGAACCUUGAAGAAGAAAUAAAUGACGUCAAAGAAGUCAUUGAAGUUCUCAAUAUUCAAAUUGCUGCGCUCCAGAAGCAGUUGAUGGAAGGUGAUAAAAAAAAAUUAAGUUCUCGGUGGCCGGAGAUGACAUCGAUGGGUGACUACAAGACGGCCUUAAAAAUUGCCAUUGACCUCAUCGCUGAUAAUCACCGUGAGAAUUGGGCCAAACUUGAUGAUUACGAGACGAUUAAAAAUAAAUAUAAGGAACUGGAAAUGAAGCAUGAUCAAAAAUUGAUGGACUGUCGGCAGCUACAACUACAGAAUGACAAUUUGAAACGAGAGCUAGAAGAGUUGAAGCAGAGGCCUGAAAUCUUGGGCUUAGCAAAAAAAAAAAAAACAAGUAUAUCAAAAAUAAAACCCGUGCUUCAACAGUCAUUUAAUGAAACCUUUGAGGAUGAUAGUAUAAUGGAAUUUGAUGACGAUGAAAAAGACCCAGAUUGGUAUUUGACUCCGAAAGUUCGCCGGACCAGAAACAUCCUCCAAGUCGUCGACGGACGAGAUAUUUCUGGAGAGAAUAAUUUGAAAAGAUCUUCCAACGGUGAACUUAAAUGCUCUUGUAUCAAAUCAAAUUGUAUGUCACGGCUCUGCAAGUGCAGAAAAAAUUCCGAAGUUUGCAGUGCCCAGUGCGGCUGCUCCAGCAAUUGUCAAAACAGAGACCCAGAUAAAACUGGACAUAACUUUUUCCCAGCUGAUAUUGAAACUGCGGUUGAAAUUAAACGUUCCAGAAUCGAUACUGAAAAUUGAAAACUAAAUGUGAUUGAUAUUAAUAAUUAUUUUUUUAACUAAUUCUAUGUACAAAUAAGUAAUUUAAAAAUAAUUUUAUUGUUCAUUGAACUUCGAUAUGAUUUAAUAAUAAAAUUUACAAUUUU